AUGGCAAGCAAUGUACGCACUUCGAAGAUUCAUGAUGCGAUAGUUGAAGCAAUAUUGAUGGACUUGGAGACGUUUGUUACCGAUCCCAUCAAGAUUCUGGAUUUCUAUAAUGAAAUCAGGUAUAUGGACGAUAUUAAGCCAAAGAAGUUCUAUCAGGUCUUCGUGAAUCGCAGCGCAAAGAUUCUCGCAGAGUCAAUUCAAGCUAACAAUUCCUGCACCAAUUCGCCGAUGGCUACUGAAUUGCUGCCUCGCUUGCAGCAAGUUCCAAUUAAAUAUCUGGAAAUCAUUCUGAAGGCUCUGUUUGACAUUGUACUUUCCUCCGAAUCCCAACUCAAAGUCGCUGACUGCCUUAACAAUCUCAACACUAAUUUGGAGCAACGAACAAUAGCCAACUGGCUUUUGCUGAAUCGCGCUGAGGUGAAGACCAAUUCGAGUGAGCACGCUGGAUUGCUGGUUAAUCUUCAGAAGUUUUCGACUCAUAAAAAUUUCAGAAAUAUAAAGGUCUAUUAUCGUCGGAAAGUGUACAGAUUGUUCCCGCACUACAUUGAUUGGCUGUCUACCACCAGUGAUGUGUGCAUACGGAAGGUAUAUAAUAAAAGAGAUCACCUUAUUCACUGUUAUAAUUGGGAUAAACCAACUAUGUGCACUAGUGAAUACCCAUACCAAGACCGCAAAAUACACUACGAAGUGGACGAAAAGAGAAGUAAGAUCGCUAUAGAAAAUGACUUGUUUGAUGGAUAUAUUGCUAUGAACGUCACCAAAGAAAAAGGAAAAAGAAGACCAAUUGUAUCCAAGAACUUGUUCAGAAGCAACGAAAUCUGGUGGCGUGUGGUGCCAGUGCCGAACGGUUUGGCAUUAUACGAUGAUGAGACAUCCGAAUCGGUGCUCUGCGGCGGCGAUGAAGCACAAUGGGUUGACUACGUACAUUUUGCAUACACGCGGCGUGCAGAGGAUUUUGAUGCUCAUCGCGAAGAAUGCACCUGGUACUUUGAAGAUUGCAACUAUAAAUAA